AUGGGGGGUGUGGAUCCGCCACCGCCCUUUGGGGCCGCCGCCCCUGUGCCGCACGCAGCACUGCAGCGCCGUUGCCGAGCGCCGCUGCCGCUCCAGUGCUCCCAUGUGAAGCGCCACCGCCGCAGCCGUCGCCGGCGUUUGGCGCGGUCGCCGCACCCGUGCGGUCCAAGCGCCGCCGGGUCCGCCUGCACCGGCCGCCGCCGUUCGCCGGGCCUCCUGGCCCUUGUCUCUUCCACGCCCAAGCACCGCCGUUUGCCGAAGGGCACCCCGUGCGCCGCACGCUGGUGGUCGCGGUGGCCCGUCACCGCCACCGAGAGCGGCCCUUUUGCCGCCCCCCUCGCGGCAUCGCCCCCUCCACCAGGCGGCUUCGGCGGCUGUGGAGACACAGGCGGCAACGAUGGAGGAGGAGGAGGUGAAGGCGGCGGAGGAACGGACCCUCCUGACCCCGGCGACGGGUGGUGGCGAUGGUGGCUCCAGGCCCUCCACCCGGAGUUCCUCCUCCUGUUCCUGCUCCUCCAGUCCGGCGCCGCGUCCGUGCUCCCCGAAGCUCUCAGCGCCACAGGAGAUGACGCGGGGGGAGUCUGGGAGGUGAGGGGCGGCGCGCGCACGCGGCUCGUGCCGGACCCGACCUGGACCUCCUAUCUCAUCGCGGGGGACGACGGGUCGAAGCGGGAGGAAGGGGAUGCCAACGGCGCAGGUUCCAGUGUGGAAGUGGCCGCAUUGCGGAGGCAGCUGGAGCGCUCGUGGCGCCGGUGCACCGAUGUGGCUGUCCAGCUGCUGCUCCCCGACGGGUACCCGCACAACGUCAGCAGCGACUACCUCAAGUACUCGCUCUGGCGCGCCGUGCAGAGCGUGGCGAGCCAGAUCAGCGGGGUGCUUUCCACUCAGGCGCUUCUCUAUGCGGUUGGGUUAGGGAAAGGAGCGAUACCCACUGCAGGCUGCAGCCGCGGUGAAUUGGGUGCUGAAAGAUGGGCUUGGAUACUUGAGCAAGAUCAUGCUCUCCAAAUUAUACUAUGAAUUAACAUUAGUCUUAGGCACUUUUAUUUAUAAUUUUGCCUAGAGCUUUAUCAAGAAGUUUUACUAUGCAAUCAGCAACAUAUAUCUAAUGUUCAGAAACAAUACAGUAGUUACUGAUACAGUACAUUAUCUGCCUAUAAAAUAUGACUGGUAAAGCCUAAAAAAUAAUGAUACCUACUUGACAAGAUUUUUCUAGGCCUGGGGUUCAUGAUCUAUGUGAUUUCAAUAAU